AUGGCAAAAGCUUCCCAUACAUUGCAAAAAGGUGCUGUCGUCCAGCACACCGCCAAAGCCCAUAACCUGAAAGGUCAACCGCCUGAAGGGAGCAUGGAAUCUUUGGCAACAACCAUUCGUUUCGUCACGCUGAACUGCCGAACACUAUCGACUGAACUCCAACAAGCCGCUCUAUCCAGACUUCUGCGAUAUCUCUGUGUGCCUUUUGCUGCACUACAGGAAAUACGCAUGAGAGAUCGGCCCGUCAUCAGCAUCGAAAAUUACACCAUAUACUGCGGCGAUGCUGAUGAGAACAAAGUAGGUGGCUGCGCGAUAGCUGUGAGGAACGAUUACAAGAACCUGGUGGAGGAAUUUGGCUCAACAUCGUCUAGAUGCGCCUUUUUACGACUGCGGGAUCGCGGAGGACGUAAACUCUGGGUCGUAAGUGCUCACGCACCUACGGAAACCGCUGAGGACAACAGUAAGGACGCCUUCUAUGAUGAACUCAAUGCGUUGAUGUCUAAAAUACCAAGCCAGCAGGUGGUCAUUGUCGGAAUCGACGCAAAUGCAAAGAUGGGACUCGAACAGCAAUCCGAUGUGCUAGGAAAAUGGUACUAUGCGGUGGAGCGCACGUCGGACAACGGUGACCGUCUGGUCGACUUGUGCAAAAAGACGGGCCUCAUCAUCGCUUCCACGUUUAAGAGCAAUCAUCGACGUCAUCAGCUCACGUGGCAGGAGUUGUUUGGGACUCUACCACUCGACUCUGACCACCGUCCAGUUCUUCUCAGCUUCAAGAUACGGUUCCACAAGAGAAACCGAGGAGUUCCUCUUCAACCGAAAAUCGACAUGGCAGUACGGACCAGGAAGAAGAUUCGCGAUGCGGAUUCCUUCACAAAGUGCAUCCAGGACGCUGCAAAGGAAACGCUCCCGGUUCUAUUGCCCCGGAAGAAGUUUGCCUUUGCAUCUGCGGAAAUAAAAUCCACAUACAAUUCUGUAUGUGUCGCGCGCAGCGCUGGUGACUUCAACCAGGAAAAGCGUCUUAGAAGGAAGCAGCGUCGUCAACUGCAACAAGACCGCGAUAACGAGUGGACGUCAAGAGCGAUGGAGUUUGAGAAGGCGAGGGAGGACAGGAACCCGCGGAAAGCCUACGCUCUACUAAAACAGUAUAGCGGCAAAAUGAAAAGACCGACAUAUGCGGUUAACGAGGAGCCACCGACCGAGUCGGAGGUCCUGGUCUGUAUUCAGAAAAUGAAGAAUGGAAAAUCCGGUGGAGACGACGGGAUUAGCGCAGGAAUGCUAAAAUAUCUUCCUCCGUCUGGGAUUCCCGCGUUCGACUCUCCUCAUCGAGGCCGUCUUCUCAACGCGAUGAGCGCCGAUGGAGUACCAGGAACGUUCGUUCGCUUGCUAGAUGACAUGAAUCAACGAACAACUGCUGCAGUUCGAACACCAGCCGGAUGUACAACACCGUUUGAAGUGGUAACUGGAGUAAGACAAGGGGCAGUGGCAAGACCUUUCCUGUUCAAUUUCGCAGUUGACGACAUUAUGCGAAGAACAGUCGGUCAAUGUCCUGGCGACACUAUCUUAGCAACAUCAGGGUCCCCCUUAACAGAUCUCGAGUAUGCCGGCGAUGUCGUUAUAUGCGUCGUCGAAGCACUACGAAGCAUCAACAUAGAUCUCGAACGGAAAUCGAACGAAAAGGUGGACGGACCACCGAUUGAACUCGUCGAUGAGUUCUGUUACUUAGACUGGACGCUGAAGAACAAUGGCAGCUACGAGAGAGAUGUUCAGCAAAGAUGCGCUAAGGCCACUCCUUAA